CGCGCCUUCUGCUCGGCUCGUAAAUAAAGAGGGGCUGCCGGAGCCAUGGAGGGGGUAACAGUCGGCCAGGUAUUUGACGCGGAGUGCAUCCUGAGCAAACGGCCCAGGAAGGGCAAGUUUGAGUAUUUGGUGAAGUGGAGAGGGUGGUCGUCCAAGCACAACAGCUGGGAGCCGGAGGAGAACAUUUUGGACCCCAGACUACUGGCAGCUUUCCACAAGAGAGAACAAGAGCGGGAGCUGCUGUUCCAGAAGAAAGGGAAAAGGCCAAGAGGACGUCCACGGAAAAUCCUGGAACCUGCACCGACUGCCACGAAAGACAGCCGCUCCUCCUCCUCCUCGUCAUCUGGCCUUUCGUCUUCCGCCUCCUCCUCCUCCUCAGAGGAUGAAGACCACGCGAAGAAGGCGAAGCCGGGCCCUCGGGUGCGGGACCUGCACCCGGUGCCGCAGAAGAGGCCCCAGAUCAUGCUCGCCAAGCCCGAGCCCGUCCGGAAGAAGCGCGGGAGGAAGCCGCUGCACCCGGACCUGAGGGCUUUACGGCAGGCGAAGAGCCGGCCGCCGCCGCCGCCUCCGCCGCCGCCGCCGCGCCUCCAGCAGUCACUGCGGCCGCACCGGGAGCCGCCCAGGGAGGAGCCUCGGUCCGGGGUGAAGAAGCCGCUGCAGCCCGCCAGCUUCACCUACACGGGGCUGAGCAGGACGUCCCGGGACGAGGCGGGGUCCGGAUCCCAGAGCUCCACCGGCUCCUUCUCCCAGACGAGCUCCUCCAAACCCGGCGCCCUCAACUGCAUGUGGGCCAGCCGCUCGCUCUCCACCUCCUCUCCUUCCUCCUCCUCCUCCCACAGUAAGGCCAGCCCCUCCCCUCACAGCAAGAGCUCCUCCUCCGACCUCAAGCGCUCCAUCUCAGAGGGCAGCAGAGGAGAGUCGCUCAAAGUGUCUUCCUCGCCUCUCAAACAAGGCGGAGCUUCAGGCUCGCUGAGCCUCCACGGCGCCUCCAAGCUGUCCGGGGGCUUCGGAGGAGGCCAGGCGGCGGGCGGAGCAGUUCAGCGUUCCCCGCUGGGCCAGAGGAGGCAGGACGGCCUCGGUCAGACCGGGGCGGGUCAACACCAGCAGCACAGCUCCGGCGCUUCCAAGCCGACCUCCUCGCCACCGCCCUCGGCCCGAGCCAGCCAGGCGCUGAGCCUCAGAGCGCUCAACCUGCAGAGCGUCAGCAAGCCGCCGCCCGGCAGCGUUCAGGGAAACAGCACAAGCGGCGCCGUGGCAUCGAGGUCCAGCUUGAGGAGCAGCGCGAGCCCUGUCGGGAAAGGAGGAGCGGCGAGCAUGAAGGAGACGCGGAUGUCAGCCAGCGGGCAGCGCUCCGGCCUGGCAGCGAGCAGCGGCGCAGAGCAGGGCAGGUUAAGAGAGGACAGGGGGAAGGAGACGUUCAUACAGACUGAGAGAGACGGCAAGACGGCGGGGAGCAGCUCCGGCCGCGCCAACAGCCGAGCGGAGAAGGCGAGUGUCAGCGGGCGGCAAGACGAGAGGAAACACGGGCUCGGCUCUCAAAGCCGGACCCUGAACGAGCUCAGCACCGGCGACUCCGACGAAAGCAGCAGCAGCGAAUCAGAACGCAACGCCUCCCUGUUUCCCGGCAACAGGCCUAGCCUCGGCGCCGUCUCCGUGGAUCUAGACAUGGACAUGGAGACGGACUGGCGGCCGGCCCGGAGCCUCCUGGAGCACGUGUUUGUCACCGACGUCACGGCCAACUUCAUCACGGUGACGGUGAAGGAGUCGCCCACCAGCGUCGGAUUCUUCAACUCGCGGAAUCACUGAGGACGCCGACGCGCCACACUGCAGCUCAGCUGGACUGACAGUCGAUGGCGGUGACAUCACCGCCUCAGUACGCCCCUCCCCCGUCGGCUCAGGGCUCCUACACACACAGUCUGGAAAUGCACAGAGAAGGACUUUUGUCAUCAACACAUGUUGAAAGUUUGGCAAUUGCACAAAAACCAGGGAAAGUACGAAAUAUGUUGUACUGUCCCUUUAUACACACAACGACAUGCUUUCUGUGGUUUCAGACUGCCAUCUUCUCACGUGUCACACCUGUCGCUGUGAACGAUGAUCUUCACCUGUAGAGCGAUAAGACCAAGCACAUCGCACCGAAUGUGAAACUGAGAUCCGCUCACAGAGGAUCUGCAGAAAGUCUGUUUUCGAGUUGAAUCUGUGUAGGAGCCCUGAGGUUUAGACCCCGUUCACACCUGGAGUUAAAAAGUGAUUUUCAUCUGGACGUUUUAUCUGAAUAAUGAAAAACCCGAUACAACAAAGAGCACAUAUCACACUCGGACUGUGAUCAGAUCUCAGCUGGAGUCUGAAGUUUUGAUCUCAUUAGUGAGGAGGAAACUUCAUGACUGAGUUUUGCCUCGUUCCUCUUGUCGGUGGUGAAAAAGUCACUGCAGAAAUAUUCACAGCAGCUGAAAGUUUCUGUGAACGCUGCUGACACGACGCCUUGUUAUUUCUUUUGCCUCCUGAGAACGUCGACGUCUUCCUCCACCUCAAAAGUGAAGAUUUCUGAUGACCAGGCCUGCUGCUGAUUUCAGUUUUAUACUUUUAACUACUUUAACUAUAAAGUCUUUCACCUCCCUGCGUUGAACAGUAUGGCAGCAUCAUGAAGCUGCUGUCUGUGGCACCGACCUUCAUUGGUGCAUUUUACUUCAAUCCACACUUUGCAAUUUCUACUGAAACUUGCAGGUUUAGCUUGGCCAGUUCCCUCAUCUGCUGAUUUCAUCAGUCACUAAAAAGGAUUUGCCGCCUGUUUUUCUCUCCUGAAGACGGAAAACAACCUGAAAGUGUAUUUUUUUUUUUCCAAGCAGAAUUUAAUUUACUGCCACAAGAGGGAGACAAAUCACAAGAGCCGGAAAGUCUUUUUUUUCUUUUUUAAGUCUGAUGGCUCCUUUUGUCUUCCUUAGUCUGACUGGCAGCCAAAAACAAAACAAAUCAAUGUACUAAUGUUAAUUAAUAAUAAUUAUAUGAGCAGAGGAAAGGAGGGUAUCGUGAUCUUAAUGAAGCUGGAGUCAGACGAUGAUUGGCGUCUUUACGUGGUAAAAAUGGCUAAAGAAAUAUCAUUUGCUCAUCAAAAUUAAAUGCAGUUAUGAGAUCUGAUCACAGUGCGAGCAGAAUUCAAAGAAAAUGCGUCUAAAUCUCAAGCGUGAACGACCUGAAGGGGCUGAAGGGAUCGAUGUGUCGUCACUUUUUAAUCCCAGGUGGAAACGGGGCCCAGAAACACUCGAUGGAUGUAAACGUCGGCCUCUCCAGUGCCUCUUGUUCUUCUCAGAGCUCAGCGGGGACUCCUGAUCAUUGUGUGUGUUGGACCUUUUUAAACGAAAGUACAACGUGUCUGUAGCCGGGGCAGCAUGUAAAAAAACAAAAACAGAAAAAACAACAACAAAAAAAACAAACUAAACAAAGUGAAGUCUGUCUGUGGUCGGUAAACUUAUCACACAUCCACAUAUCCAUCUGAGGUUUUUUAAUCUUUCAGUUCUCUUUGGACCAAAGGUGUCGCGAAUGUGAAUCAUUAUUAUGUUCAUAUUUUAUUGUUUUUUUUUUGUUCGUUUUUUUUUAUCUAAUUUUAUUUGUAUCGACAGUAUUCCUUGCACUAUGUACUGUAAGUCUAUAAGAUGUGUCUGAUUUCUGAAACACUUCAUCAUCGCCAUUUUUACUUUUCCGGUUUUUGUACCGUUUUAAUACGAGCGCCCCCAUGACAGUCACACUUAAGUCGCUUUGGGUUGAAAUAUGUUUUAAUUUAUAUUUGUAAAUAUGUUUUGUUUUUUUUUUUUUUCUUGUGAUAUCUAUCUCUAUCUGGUGCUUAUAUGGCUUACUAGCUUCAGAUACUCGUAGCCUGUGUGCCUCCCUGCCAUUUUGAAGGUAUUUGGAAUAAACCGCCGGUACCUAAUGAGAACAGGUGCUAAACAGU